AUGGCCAAGAAGGCCCAGCCCCAGCCCCAGCCCCAGCCCCAGCCGCAGCCGCAGCCCCAGCCCCCAUCGUCCAACAAGCGUCCCAGCAACAGCACACCGCCCCCAACGCAGCUCAGCAAAAUCAAGUACUCUGGAGGGCCCCAGAUUGUCAAGAAGGAGCGACGGCAAAGCUCCUCCCGCUUCAAUCUCAGCAAGAACCGGGAGUUACAGAAGCUUCCUGCCCUGAAAGAUUCGCCAACCCAGGAGCGGGAGGAGCUUUUUAUCCAGAAGCUGCGCCAGUGCUGUGUCCUCUUUGACUUUGUAUCAGAUCCACUCAGUGACCUCAAAUUCAAGGAGGUGAAGCGGGCAGGACUCAACGAAAUGGUGGAAUACAUCACCCAUAGCCGUGAUGUUGUCACUGAGGCCAUUUACCCCGAGGCUGUCACCAUGUUUUCAGUGAACCUCUUCCGGACGCUGCCACCUUCAUCGAACCCCACCGGGGCCGAGUUUGACCCAGAAGAGGAUGAGCCCACCCUGGAAGCUGCCUGGCCACAUCUCCAGCUCGUGUAUGAGUUUUUCUUACGUUUCCUCGAGUCUCCUGAUUUCCAGCCAAACAUAGCCAAGAAGUAUAUCGACCAGAAGUUUGUCCUUGCUCUCCUGGACCUGUUUGACAGUGAGGAUCCUCGAGAGCGGGACUUCCUCAAGACCAUCUUGCAUCGCAUCUAUGGCAAGUUUUUGGGGCUCCGGGCUUAUAUCCGUAGGCAGAUCAACCACAUCUUCUACAGGUUCAUCUAUGAGACAGAACAUCACAACGGGAUUGCUGAGCUCUUAGAGAUCCUCGGCAGCAUCAUCAACGGCUUUGCCUUGCCCCUUAAGGAAGAGCACAAGAUGUUCCUCAUCCGUGUCCUGCUUCCCCUUCACAAGGUCAAGUCCCUGAGUGUCUACCACCCGCAGCUGGCUUACUGUGUGGUACAGUUCCUGGAGAAGGAGAGCAGUCUCACAGAGCCGGUGAUUGUAGGACUCCUCAAGUUCUGGCCCAAAACCCACAGCCCCAAGGAGGUCAUGUUCCUGAAUGAGCUAGAGGAGAUUCUAGAUGUCAUUGAACCUUCAGAGUUCAGCAAAGUGAUGGAACCACUCUUCCGCCAGCUUGCCAAGUGUGUCUCCAGCCCUCAUUUCCAGGUGGCAGAGCGUGCUCUCUAUUACUGGAACAAUGAGUACAUCAUGAGCCUGAUCAGUGACAAUGCUGCCCGAGUCCUCCCCAUCAUGUUCCCUGCACUCUACAGGAACUCCAAGAGCCACUGGAACAAGACAAUCCAUGGACUGAUCUACAAUGCCCUAAAGCUGUUUAUGGAGAUGAAUCAGAAGCUGUUUGAUGACUGCACACAACAGUACAAGGCAGAGAAACAGAAGGGCCGGUUCCGAAUGAAGGAAAGAGAAGAGAUGUGGCAAAAGAUCGAGGAGCUGGCCCGACUCAAUCCCCAGUAUCCCAUGUUCCGAGCUCCUCCACCACUGCCUCCUGUGUACUCGAUGGAGACAGAGACCCCCACGGCAGAGGACAUCCAACUUCUGAAGAGGACGGUGGAGACAGAGGCUGUGCAGAUGCUAAAGGACAUCAAGAAGGAGAAGGUACUGCUUCGGCGGAAGUCCGAGCUGCCCCAGGACGUGUAUACCAUCAAGGCGCUGGAGGCACACAAGCGGGCGGAAGAAUUCCUAACUGCCAGCCAGGAGGCUCUCUGACCCCCUCACCGUCCUACCACAGGGACACAGCCCACUCAGCCCUGGGACGCUGCCCUAGCCCUCCACCCUCUGCUCCCCACUGGCUGACUUGGGGCAAGGCAGUGCCUCUCUAGCUACUCUAGGGAGGGGAUGUGGCACUUGAAGCAGGGGACCCCCCCCCCAGAGUGGUCCCUCUUCUUCCCAAAAUGUGUUCAUGCCUCCCUGUGGCUAGUACAGACAGGCUGAGCACUGAGAUCCUCAGUGCCCAGACAACUUGGGGAUGCCUGUCCCCCUCCUCUCCUAACCCCACAGCUACCUGAGGCUGCUCUGAGAAAUACACACAGGAAUACAUAUGCUCCUCUCCCCUUCCCUUAAUCCUCAUUUCAACUCCAGGUGUCUUUCCUUCUCUCCCUCCCCUGCAGAAGCAUAUAGGGAGCAGCAGGAGAUUAUUCUCACCAAAGUUAUGUCAAGCCCCAUUGGCCCCUGGAGUGAGUAGCUGGAAGGGAGCCAACCCCCAACAGGCACAAUUAGGCCCCCAGCCCCAGCAGUGUGCAGGCUGAUGGGGUUGAAUUAUUUUCUCUUAUCCCCUGCCUGACCAAGACAACAUGGGAGGUCAAAAGGAGAAAAGCAUACGCUAUGGACCAUAGGUGAUGGAAUAUAGGGCCCAGAUGGACCAAGAGAAGGGGGUGAACAAUCACCCUACCCUGUGCCCUCUGUUUGGUGAGCAGCAGCCCUGGGAUCACAGACAUGGAAGGGACCACCCUGGGGCUGACUGCUUUCCUAUGUUGUUGGUUCCCAAAGCUAGGAGGAAGCAGGGAGCAGUGCCCUAAGCAUGGCUCCCCCGACACCUAUUUAUUUCCUUUGUGCUG